AUGGCGGCCGCCUCUCUUUGGAAAGGGCUGGUCGGGGUCGGGCUCUUCGCCCUGGCGCACGCGGCCUUCUCCGCCGCGCAGCAUCGUUCCUAUAUGAGAUUAACAGAAAAAGAAGAUGAAACGUUGCCUAUAGACAUUGUUCUUCAAACCCUGCUGGCCUUUGCAGUCACCUGUUAUGGGAUAGUACAUAUUGCAGGAGAAUUUAAAGACAUGGAUGCUACUUCAGAGCUAAAAAAUAAGACAUUUGACACAUUAAGGAACCAUCCAUCCUUUUAUGUAUUUAAUCACCGGGGCAGAGUGUUAUUCCAGUCCCCAGACACUGUCCAUUCUUCCUCCAACCAGGAUGCAUUGUCAUCCAGCACAUCACUGAAGUUGCGAAAACUUGAACCUCUGCACCGUUAAAGAGUUUUUUUUUACAGACGAUUCUAAAAAUAGAACAGGACACUGAGCUGUAAUAUUGGAGUUGGAUAUAAACACUUUUUUUUAAAUUUCUGGAGCAGGAUUUAUAUUGAUCUUCCAGGCUUUAUAAUACGUGUGUGCGCGCAUGUGUGUCUGUCUACACACACAUGCACACACAUACAUAAAUAUAUAAAAAAAAUUAAAAGGACCUUUGAACACUGGUAAUGACAACUAAAUUGUGAAUUGGCAAACAAUGAAAGUUACUGCUAAAAUUAUGCUGUGAAAUAUGCAUUUUACCUUUCAUUAAAGCACUGCUGCAGUUAACUCACUUCUGAAUUAUCAAAAUCUGUAUUACCAAAUGCAGAUGAUGGUUUUAAUGUACUAGAUAAGCACAGAAAAGGGUAUUUUGUAUUAUUUUGUUCAACGACAAAAUAGUUGCAGGUGGCUUAUCUGCUUCUCCCAUCCCCUAACUCUCCCUCUUCCAGCGGAGUCCUUGACAGAACAUGGUAAUUUCUGUAUCUCAUUUAUUGGUGCUGUGUGUGGAAUAUCUGCCCAGCAGAGCCAGUCAAGACUAAUCCUUUUCAAGUAGGAAUUUAACCAUUUGGCAAAGGGAUACAGACUUGAUCAUCAGUUAGUCAUUGACCUGGAGCUCCCUGAAAUGCUGAAAGCUGUAUGCUUUUUGAGAAGUCACAAUGGCCAAAUCUCUAAAUGUCUAACCAGGACAUGGAGGUGAAUCAUGUCAUCCAUAAUCCAUUCACUUCUGGCAUCAAGCUCUGCUCAUAGCACGUCAUCAAUAGAGAUUGUAGCCAAGAGAGGAGCUGGAUUGAAACUCUAGGAUUCCUUCUGUAAAAGGGCUUUACCUUAAAUCAAGCCAGUAUAGUUGGAGUGGAUGGAAACUCUAGUCUAAAACAUACAAGGUGUCAGGCAGAUGAGGAAGACUGACCUAGCAGAUCUGGUUAAAGGAGGGAAAAAAUGGUUUGGCAGCAUGCAAGUUUGCACAAGGGAAGGACUUGGACUGUGUCUUGUAAUGAUUUUUCUCAAUUUCAGCUUUUGGUAAUGCCUUUUGAUUUAGCUCCCACUCAUUAUACGUGCUUUCCUUUUUUAGAAAGGUAAAAGUAGGUUGAGAUACCAUGAACUGUAAUGUUCCCGUUUGAGCAGCUGAACACGUUCAACUUGUUUUUCCAUUCUACUGCAUUUUUUAACAUAAUUGUAUUUGAUCACCAGAUUUCUUCCAGAAUUACCUACCUUGGAAUAUUUGGGGUGGUAUAGAUUCCCUUCAAUUCAAUAAGUGUUUGCUUCAAGUUUGAUUUUUGCAGAAUGUAACCAAUUUCAAAUUAGUAACUAAAGUUGUAGAGAAGUUGAAUGCACUUCCAGGGACAAAGUCUUGUGCUACAAAUAGGUGAGAAGUGGGGUGUGUUCAUGAUUAAAAUAAAAUUUUACAGGUCAUGAGAUAGGUAGGAUCUUUUCCCUAGAUGGCAGCCACUCCAGGGCAGGAAAACCAUGUGGAAAAUUGCUUGAACCCAGUGCUUCUCAACCUUGGCAGCUCCCAGAAUUUCACACAUUUCGAAGUUGCCGAGGUUGAGGAACAUUGCUCUAACCAAAGGAUCAGGAUGCUAGACUUUUGACUGUGAUAAAUCUUGGCCUUUCUAAACCUGGCCCUGAUACUAAUUGGUUCAAAUUGUGGUCCUUCUUUUGAAUGAAACUUUUUUCAGCCUUGUAUUUGGUCUAGGUGAAGCCUAUCAGACAUCUGUAAGGCAGUUGCAUAGCUCUGUUGGUCAUCUUCCUCCUAAUGCGUGCUGCCCAUUUGGCUAUUCCGUCUCCCAGUCCUUUCAGGGAGAUCCUGUUUCUUCUAGCUGUUUUUAAUUCAGUCUGGUAUCUAAGUGACACUCUCCAGCCCCGUUUUAAGAAGUUAAUGGGGACAGUGGCAUCAAAAACGGUUCCAUAAAAUGCCAGUGAUUUGCCUACUCAGUGUUUGCUGUUUUAGUAUAUGCCGUUUCAAGCUGAGGUCCUUGUUUAUUAAUUCUUUAUCCUGAGACUAAUCAGGGUUUGCCAAGAACUUGCAAAUUUUGCUACAAAGGCAGUCUUUCUCCAAAGUCUGGGUCUUUUCAUGCAUUUGUUAUGAAUUUUGCAGUCUGCUCAAGCACCUUCUGGGUCUAUUAAACUUGCAAGAAAUAAACAGGUUCCCCUUCAGCAUUGAUGGUUACUUUACAAGUGUGCAAAUUUUGUUUCUUCCCCUUUUUGCUCUUGCCAUGUCCAAUAAAGAACUAAUAUUAUUCCAAAACAG